UUCAAAACGUCAAUUUCAUAGAGAAGUCGACAACAACAAAAACAAUGAAAAUUAAACAGAAAAUUACUCGGUUUUAAAUAAAAAUUAAAAUGGAAGUGUUUAGGUCCGAAACAUAUUACAUAUUUGUUAGAAAUGAAUCUAGUCUCUGGUGGAAUCGGGUAACUGGUGCGUUUUCCGUCCGUUCAGCAUGGGAUCUUUCUGAUAUAGAAGAUAUAGAAUGCUUAGGUAUAACAGAGGGCAUCAUAGGAAAAGUAGAACAUUCCAAUGUUUAUGAACCACGUCUUAUGAUUAUAAAAGAAUCUGUACCAGUUGGCCAAAUUUAUUUCCACCACACUAUUUAUAAAAUUAAAUCAAUAUGUUUUCUGAACAUGGGUAUGACAAAUCAAGAGCUAGAACUAUGUCCAUGCACAAAACAUGGUUCAUCAUCAUCUGUAAAUUCAAAUAGAUCCAGUAACAGAAAAAUGGGUGCAAGAUUAUUUGAAAAUUCUGCAUUUUUGAAUAAAACUGUUGGUGCAGUAAAAAAUGUUAGCAAUACAAUUAAAACAACUACUCAACAAGCUGCUACUCAGGUAAAGCAAACUGUGAAAAAACAGAGAGAUGUGAAAUUGGAUGACAAAUUUGAGAAAAGGCUCACAGAUGAACUACAUAAGAUAUUUGAUGAUUCUGAUAGUUUCUAUUAUUGUAGAACAUUAGAUUUGACAAACAGUCUACAAAGACAAUAUGAGAUAGAGAAAAUGCUCGAAACAGAGGAAAAUGUGUGCAAACCCGUCACAGAUUUAACUAGAUGGUGGAAGUAUGUUGAUGAUAGAUUCUUUUGGAAUAAAUAUAUGUUGAAGGAUAUUAUAGCAUUGGAGAGCCCUGCCUGUGAUGAAUGGGUGCUACCAAUAAUUCAAGGAUACAUACAUCUAUCCCAAAUAGCCUGUGAGCCGCCAGACGUUAAUCCACUGAAUACAGAAACCCUAUCUAGUAAUAACACAUCAGAUGAUACUUUCACCCUUGGUCUUAUAUCGAGAAGAUCUAGAUAUCAGGCUGGAACCAGAUACAAUCGUAGAGGGAUAGAGUCAAGUGGUAAAGUAGCCAACUAUGUGGAGACAGAGCAAAUUGUAUCACUUGUUUGCUCUGACAGCAUACACCGAGCUUCAUUUGUACAGGUCCGCGGAUCCGUGCCAAUAUUCUGGAGUCAGCCAGAAUACAAGUUCAGGCCUCCCCCUCGGCUUGAUAGAACGGAAGAAGAGUCACACCAAGCCUUUAAGAAACACUUCGAAGAGGAACUAAAUAUUUACAAGCAAGUGUGUAUCGUGAACCUGGUGGAACAGCAAGGCAGAGAAAAGAUAAUAUGGGAGACGUAUGGAAACCACGUGUUGAAAUAUAAUAGCCCUGAUAUUAUUUACGCUACAUUCGAUUUUCAUGAAUAUUGUCGCGGUAUGCACUAUGAAAACGUCAGUAUACUGAUUAAUGCGAUCGCAGACAUCAUAGAUGAGAUGCGAUUCUGUUGGCGCGACGACCGCGGCCUUAUUUGCGGCCAAAAUGGCGUCUUUCGUGUGAAUUGCAUCGAUUGUCUCGAUCGCACUAACGUUGUACAGACUGCAAUUGCUAAGCUGGUGUUAGAGCUACAGCUACGUCGACUUGGCUUGGGCGGCGGUGGUCUCCCGCCCGCCCUACGACAGGCCUUCUUAUCUAUGUGGGCAGACAGCGGAGAUGUUAUCUCACGGCAAUACGCUGGGACUAAGGCUCUUAAGGGAGAUUACACUCGAACGGGCGAGAGAAAGCUUACGGGUAUGAUGAAAGAUGGCGUUGCUUCAGCAAAUAGAUACUACUUGUCAACGUUCAAAGAUGCGUUGCGUCAAGUGGCAAUAGAUGUGAUGACGGGGGAGUCCCGCUCGAUCCCCGAACAACUGAUUGUGCCUUGUAAUAAAUGCACUAGUACCGGCAUCAAGCUUGAUGUGUUUAAUCUGGAACAACCAGGUCCUAGUACAGAAGCGAUGGCCCAGCACGUGAAGUCACUGAUUGACGAUUGCAAGAAACUUCUCGUCGAUACGGAACCGGUUUUGGGCUCAUGGGGUCUUAUUGAUGCUGAUCCACAUACGGGUGAUCCCCAUGAGACAGAGAUGGAUAGUGUGUUGGUACUGACGAGCGAGGCGUAUUACGUCACGGAUUACGAUGAGACGUCAGACCGGCUGCUAUCCGUCCAGAGGGUUGCAUUGGGUGACGUCACGGCUGUGGAACUGGGCACACUGGACACAAAUUCUACGAUAUUUAGCGUAGGCCGCAAGAGUACCACCGAGCCGGUCCACUGUAUUCGUAUUAAUUACGUCUAUAAUACGGAAGCCGGCUAUUUCCACAUGUUCCGAUCGACAACAUUACGAUUCUUCAAUAAUAUGGCCGUCGUUAUCAAUACUAAGGAUGAAAUGAUAGAAUCGCUACACUCGAUAUGUGAGUCCAUAAUGGUAGCUCGCGACAUCGCUAAAUUGCCUCCAAUAACCUUCUACGAUGGCAUCAAAUUGGAAAGGAGAAAAUCAAAGGUUCAUCCAAGUCAAGGUGGUGUAGGGCGGUCUUCUCUAUACGUUGAUCUGUCUCGGCUUCCCACUCUCACGAGGAAUGUAAGUGAGACGCAGCUGGUCGCCGAUAUACGGAGUGUUGGCUCAAAAGCUCUUACAAACAUGACGGAGCAAUUCAGUAAACUUAACAAAUUAAGUCAUACGCUCAACGCUAGAGCGCGCCCCAGUCUACAACUUAAAUUCGACCAAAGUGCCGCGAGGACACGAAAAAUGUUCACAUUAGGAAACAAAACGGAUAACAAGAAAAAAGGUAGCCUCUCAGACGGAAUGAGCUCGGACUACUCAAGCGAUGACGAAAAUAGAACAAAUAUCUUCGAGCCGACCUUGGACAACUUCGAAAACAUGCAACAUUACAUAGGAGAUCAGCAGAAAAAGGAUGACGAUUGUGAAUUAAUCGAAAAUCCACUUUACUCCUCCAAAAUCGAACCACACGAAGAACCAUCAGCCUCCACUCCAACGGAAAAGCGAGCAUCGACUCCACAGACACAGAAAACGAACCCCUUCGAUUUAGAAUCGACCCCACAAAUUCAUAUCGACUCGGACUUCAAACCACUUCCGCCGAACUCUUUGUUGCUAUCACAGAAAUUGUCGCAAAGCUCAAGUCACAUUUUCGACGAUUCUACGCCCGAGGGGGUCAAUUAUCACGUGAGGUCCAACUCGCAGCAUGAGAUAACGCUGAAUAUUGCUACAUCUCAUAGUGAGAGCGCGUUACGCCAGUUCAGGAAUAUCGCCAGUCCGGUGUCGAGUGCUCGGGAUAUGGUUCUAUCGCCGCUGUCAAAGUUAGCUAAAGGGGUUCAGACUCUCGGUGCCAACUUGGACCCAAGGAAAAUUAAGGGUACAGCAGCAGUGAAACACAUAAGUGAAGCACAAUAUGAGGAACAUAAGAAAUUGCAAGAGAAAUGGCAAGGCUGUAGCACUCGGCUUGUUGCUCUCUAAGUAUUGCCAGUUAAUUGAAUUUACCGAAUAUUUGAGGUUAUAAUUUAAAUUACAUUUUAUUAUAUAACAUAAAAUUAUAUGAAUUAUGUCUAAAUUAAUAUUUUGAAAAAGACAUAAUUGGAUUAAAAAAUUACUUGAUUUUAAAAUCAUUCCGACAUUUUGAAUUGUUUCAAGCAACAUGACUAUAUCCCGUAUUCUAGAACAUCAUCAAACUUAAAUCUAGUUUCUAGAGCUGUCAAACCAUUUUUUAUGUAUGAAACUGGACAUUUUGACCGCGCUCAAGACGAGAUUUUAUGACUUGAGAUACAAAUAAGAAUAUCGAUGUUUUGUCUCAAGUUCAAAUUAAUAUUAAAAUCUGUGAAAUUGUAGUAUUGCAUGAUAGCGUUAAAAUAAAUAAUUCGAUAGCUUUAUUUUUACUAAAGAUUCAGUAACAUUGAUACAAAUAUUGCAGUACAAUAGCCAUUAUAAUUAGUUAAUACAAAUUGUUAAUAAAGUAUUUAGCCUCCCAAACAUAUAAUACCCGCCUGAAUGUCCAAAACGAUAGUUCAAUUUUAGACGAAGCUUAGUAAAGCUGAUUUGCAGGGUUCUGUAGAUUAGAUUGUGUGUAUGUACUUGUACGAAUUUAGAUUCUAGAGGCUGUUCGUAUGGGAAAAGGUAUAACUCUUGGUAGAAUAACCUGUCUAAUAAUUGACCAUUUAAAUUUACUAAGUGACAUGAAACCUGUCAUAGAUAUAGAACUGUGUUGCCAUGUAUAAUCUUGCCAAUUUAUUUGUAUAUAUUGUUAACAAAUCGUUCCAAUUACGCACCAUAGAUGUGAAAAUUUAUAAAAGUUUAUGUUCAGUUUUAAUAUAUUCAUAAACUGUAGAAUGUCUUGUCGUCGUCACAAAACAAAUGAGGCUUAUAAAAACAAUGAAUUAGUCUUUAUAAUUUUAACCAUCGAUAAGUGCAUCGAUCGUUUUAAAUCAAAAUAUUCUUCAUUCUAUUCUGGAGAAUAAGCCUAAUUUUUUCAAGCAAAUAUACCAAAGUAACGACCGAACUUGGGGUCAAAGGGGAGACGGGGCAGAGAUGCAGAUGAGAUUAUUUAAUACUGUAAGUAUUAAAUAAAUUUGUUCAUGCACUAGAUAUAUUUAGAAGACUAUACCUUUUCCCUAAUUGUAUUGUUACCAUAGAGCGUAGAAUGCCUGAUGAAUUUAAAGAUAAACGCUUCAUAAAACAUUCCUAAACAUAAGAUUAUAAUAUCCUCUACAUUAAUAAAGUAUAUUGUCAAUUAUUUCGCAGUUAAUGUCAAAAUCGUAAAAAAUCAUACUAUGUGGUAUUUAUAAUUUAUAGUUGGCCUCAUAGCUUCCAUGACAGAGCUAGUGUACAAGUUACAAGCCAGCAAGUUCACUGACAGCUUGUAAACUCGGCUUUGAACAAUUAUGAGUGGAAAUUUUCGUGUUAUCGACAUUCGCUAACCCACUCACUAGCUUUUGAAUUUAUUUUGUAAAGUUAACAUGAAUUCAUAACUACAUUGUAAUUUAGACACAAAUAAUACAGAUAGCAAUUAAAAAGAUUCAGUAUUACAUAGAAAUAAUUUGUAACAUUGCAAUUUACGUUUUAAAAUAUUAUAUAAAAGUAUUAUCUUAUAUGUCUUUACGCCGUUUAGAUGUAUUUAGUAAUCAAAUUAAUAUCGCUAUGACGUUUCUAUAAAUCUACACUGUAUAGUCUGUGUUGCGCUAAUGUUGCCAACAAAUAAAAUUUAGCUGAAUUAUACACGAUUUGGUAAAUAUUUAUAAAUUUAUAAUGCAUUACAUUUUAUAAGCACUACACUGAAAUUAGGUUUAAAAAUAUAGCUGUUACAAAGUGUUAUUAAAAAGCUUUUGUGAAAUAUUUAUUUAGAUAGUAAUAGAAAAAAAUAUGUAGAAUAUACUCUCAAACAUUAUAAA